AUGGGGGAGGUCCCCGGGGAGGAUACAAACUUUGACCAAUUGGGAGAAACUGGGGUGGACCACAAGGAAAUCCACGACUUGUUUAAAGAUUAUGAAAUCAAGUAUUGUUAUGUGGACAGGAAUAAAAGAACAGCAUUUGUCACGCUGCUGAACGGGGAGCAGGCCCAGAGCGCCAUCAGGAGGUUCCACCAGCACUGCCUGCGUGGCAAGGAGAUCUCCGUGCAGCUGCAGCCCACGGAUGCUCUGCUGUGCAUCACCAACCUGCCCCUUUCCCUCAGCAUCGAGGAGUUUGAGGAACUGGUGCGUGCCUAUGGCAACGUGGAGAGGUGUUUCCUGGUCUACAGCGAGCUCACCGGCCAUUCCAAGGGCUAUGGAUUCGUGGAGUACAUGAAGAAGGACUCUGCUGCCAAGGCCAGGCUGGAGCUCCUGGGCAAGCAGCUGGAGGAGAGCACUCUGUUUGCACAGUGGAUGGAUGUGAACCAGCUCACCACAAACCUCAUUCACUCCAAGUGCCUUUGUGUGGAUAAAUUACAAAAAGACUGCGCCGAUUCAAAAGAGCUGCUCCAGGCUUUCUCCCUGAAGUACAAACCUGUCUUCUGCCAGUUUGCCCAGGACGAGGAGGGCGGCAGCGGCGACUUCGCCGUGGUGGAGUACGAGAGCGCGGAGCAGGCGGAGCGCGUGCGCGGGGCCAUGGACGGCGUCACCAUCCACGGCAGGAGGCUGCAGGUGUCCUUCUGCGCCCCCGGAGCGCCGGGCAGGAGCACCCUGGCAGCCCUGAUAGCAGCACAGAGGAUGAUGAGGAACAAUAGGAAAGGCUUGCUUCCAGAGCCAAAUCCAGUGCAGAUCAUGAAAAGUUUUAAUAAUCCAGCAAUGCUGCAGAUGCUGCUGCAGCCCCAGCUGCGUGGCCACGCUGUUAAACCUGCAGUUCUUGGAGCAUCUGCAGGUUUACCUCACCUCAUAAAUUCAGCAGUUGGGCCACCUUUUUUACAGCUGAAUAAAGUUCAUCAGAGCUCAAUUCUGGGGAGCACCUCCAGCCUGCUGCUGCAGAGCCCUGCUCACCUGCCCCUGGCCCAGCAGCAGCUCCUGAAGAUGGAGAACAUGCAGGCAAACAGUAAACCAGGUUUGCUGGGAGAGCCUCCAACAAUGCUCCUGCAGACAGUGCUGGGCAUAGGGGUGAUGCCAGCAGUGAACUCAGGCCUGGCAGCACGAGGAGAAGCUCUCAAGUCAGCAGCAGCAGCAGGGAUGGGCAAGCUGCCAUUCUUCCCGAAUCAGCACAUUGUUGGACAAGCUCUUCCCGGGCCCACCGCCGCCGGGGACAAGGGCGAGGCGGUGCCGGGAGCGCCGCCCUUCCCCCCGGCCGUGCCCGGCCUGGCCGCCGGGGCCCUGCGGGCUGCAGCCUGCAAGGCGGCCGGCCAGCCCAAGGGCUGCGACCCCAGCCUGCCGACUCCCUUGAAAAAACAGACUUCUCUGCUUGGGGAGCCCCCAAAAGAAAUUCGGCUGAGCACCAACCCCUACUUGAAUUUGGCAAGUGUUUUGCCUGGUAUCUGUCUGCCAGCAGCAAUUGCCAGCAAAGCCUCCAGUCCUCCACAGCAGAGCAGCCUUGCAAACAGUGUCGUGGAUGCUGCUGUGUCUCAGGGAACUGCACCACAACAUGCAAUGGAAAAUUAUUUCAGUUAUUCCCAGCAGCCUGGGGAGUACCCACAGGAGGCUGUCCAGCACUGGUACCAGCAUUAUGCUCAGGCACAUCACUCUACCCAGGCCAGGGUGGAUGGCUUGGAAAAUGAAACCUCUGAGGAAUCUGCAGGUGGAUCUUUCCCAAGCUACAGCACCUGCCUGCAGGUGGUGCCUUCCUUUCUGAGCGGAGCCCAGGGACCCCAGCCGGGCUUGCAGCCUCCCCCAGCAAAUCCCUUAAAGCAGGUGGCCCCGAAGCGCAGCUCCUCGUACCUCGUGGCGUCCCCCGAGCCCGGCCCCGCCGAGUUCCCGGCUCGCCACUCCGAGUCCUCGCUGAAGAAGAAGCGCGUGUACUGAUGCAGGACGGAGCCCGCAGGAAUCCCUCUGGAUUGAUUGCUGCCUUAACUCCCACAAGGAGCUCCUGCCGCGCGGGUGAGUGUCCCCAGAGGAGCCAGCUCUGUCCCGACACGGCCAAGGACAGAGGUGACAGAGGUGGUGGCUGCUGUCACUCGGAGAGGAGGGGCAGUGUUGGCUUUGUCACCUGUGGGACGGAGCACAGGGACUUGGGGAGCUGGGGCAGCUCCAGCUGAAAGCAAUAAAAACCCAGAGGAAAGCAAGCUGAUCCUUUCUCCAGUCCUCAGCCGAGGAAGUUCAAAGAGGAAGUCUUGAUAGUAAUUAUUUUGUAUUUUUUUAACUCAGAAGAAUGUGGGGUUUUUCUUUCCAGCUUUCCUUUUUCCAGGAUUAAGAGCUCUGCAUUUACAGCCUUUCAAUUUUUAAUAUUUCUCCUUAAUCCUGGAAUGGAGCGAUACCAAAUGGAGUCCCAGAGCCUCGGUGAUGUUCUCAGUAAAUGCCUGUUCAGAGGGAGGUGCUGUCCUGUGCUGCCUUGGAUAUUCCCUGGGGUUGGGAGAGCUGCUCCUUGGACAGUGGAAUAACUUUGUGUUUAGGCUGAGAAUGCACAGCUUCCCAUGGAGGAAGUCACUCCCAGUGUGAGGCAGCAUCCUCCUUCCACAGGUGUGGGACAGCUCUUCCCGGGCCACCCCACUUUUUGAGUGUAUUUUCCUUUUUUUUUAAAGACUUUUUGUAUUUUUAGCUUAUUAUCAGCUCUGCCUCGAGUUGUUCUCUUCUGCCCUUGGAGCUGGAGAUCAGCAGUCCUUCCUUUUGCCCUCAGUGACAGGUCCAUGAGGAGCCAGCCCCCAUUCCAAGGCUUUGCCCCCUUGGAAUCCUGCUGCAAUUCCCUUUGCAUGGAGUUCACUGAGGCCAGGAGCCACCUCCUCCUCCUCCCUUUUCUUUGCUAGAGAACACUGAAGCCAUUUUUCAAUACCAAUUUUUUAAAAUUAAAAGUCUUAAACUUUUGCCUUUCAAGCUUUGGGAUGUGACCAGGAUCCACAUUUUCAAAGCUUAAAAAAAUCCCAAUGAAAAUCCCUCUUCCCUCAGCUGCUGGAACUGCUCCACAAACAGGAGCCAGGAGCUUGGCUGGGAUUCUGCCUGUAUGUAUUGAUAAAUUCACUUGUAAUAUUUUGUUUCAACUGUUUGUAUAUGCAACUUUCUCAACUUGUUACACUUUUCAAUGAAAAUAAAUUGUUGGUACUUAUUUCAAGUGGAUUUUUUUGUGUGAGGAAAACAGCCCUGGAUUCCUUUAAUCAGGUAAGGUAGGAAAAGAUUUUAAAAAACACCAUUCCUAUGGAAAUUCAGUUUUAAAAACUUUGUUUACUUGAUGAUGAAAAAGGGAGGCACAUGGAGAAAAAAAAUUUAUUAGACUUGUUUGUAUAAAGAGUAACAAAGUGCUUACAGAUUAAAUUCAGCUUCCUAAGUGACAUACAGAAACAAUAACACUGUAAAAAUAAAUCUGACCUCCUUGGAGCUCAUAAUAACCACUUUUUAUAUAUAUUUAUAUAUAUUUAUAUAUAUAUAUACCUCUUUCUAUUAUUGCCAAAACUUGAGGAUCUCUUCAGAGCUUUUUCCAACUCCAGGUGUGAUAGGAAAAAUGAUGGCAGCAGAAGGUUCCAGUCAAAAUGUUCUUUAAAAAAUGGUUGGUGGGGUUCCCAGUCCCUGGGCACCCCUGGGUGCUCAGGCCUUGUUCCUUUAGGGUGCUCCUCUCCAGGUUCUGGCCAUGGACUGCCUUCCUUCCCAGCUCCAUGAAUUCCUUCCCUGCCCCUCCCUCAGCUCCAGGGAUGCACUUUCAGCCAGGCUGGGAGCGCCAGGGGAAGAGUGUGGGUGUGCAGGUAGGAAAAGCAAAUUAUUUAUCCCAGAACUGGGCUUCUCACUGAAAUGCACAGCUGUGCCCACCCCUUGCACUCCUGGGGUGGUGUCUUUGAACACUUUUUUUUUAAUACCUGUAAGAGCUCAGGACUGGGCCUGGUGGGUUCAAAAAGAGCUGAAAAUUUUGCUUCCCGUGUAUUUUUAUGCCAAAGUUGUUUUGUUUGCUACGAGGAUUUAAGUGCAUGUGAAGGAUAUUUUGUCAGACGACUUUGAAAUUAUUAACUGAGCUCUCUUGCAGCCACUGGCUGAGGUUUGAGCUGAGAAAUGCAGUGGAUUUCCCCAGCUCACAUCGUCCAUCAGGGCAAUUGCACUUGUGGCACAGCCAGAAGCAGAGCAGGAUAAAACUGCCCUGCAAGAACAGCAGCUAAGGGAGCUGGAGCUCGUUUUGCCCAAACCUUUUAAAUUCUUUUAAGCCAACUCUUCAAUCUGUUGGCAAAAGAAUCCUUUAUAACCACAACAGCCCAGCCAGAGUACAAAUUACAGGAGUAAAACAAAAA